AUGGGUGAUGAGCCAGUACCAUUUUUUCUGGACCAAGGAACCACUAAAACAUAUCAAAUACCUAUUGGUCAUCUGGACUACAAGUUCAUUGAAAAAUGCACAGAUGUUAAACACCUGGAAAAGAUUCUCAGGGUAUUAAGGUCUGGUGAAGAGGGAUGUUAUCCUGAACUUACGUUGUUUUGUGAAAAACGUAUCGAGCAUUUAGAUCCAAGGAGCAGAGCCCUGAGAAAAGAUAAGCCUGCAGCCACAGCUUCCGAUUUCACAGCUGAAGAAUGGAAAACAAUUAAUGGUGAACUGAUGAGCUGGGUGACAGAAAUGAAUGAAGAUGAAAAGAAACCACAGUUCCUGAGAACAGACACACUGCAUGAAAGACAAGAUAACUUGCCUCCUAUUCGUUGUUCCAGCAGCUGUCUUCCUGCUAAUCAGAUAGAAAUUAUUCAUAUUGUCAAGAUUAUUGUGGAAAGCAAAGGCUUUUUUUCAUUAAGUCCUAAACAGAAAAGCAGAAUGACAAUGAAAGAGAAGGUUUUUAUUGCUACUCGUGAAAAAGAAAAGGGCAAUGAAGCCUUUGCCGUUGGUGAUUAUGUGGAAGCAGUGUCUUAUUACACUCGGAGUAUAUCAGUAAUACCCACUGCAGCUGCAUAUAAUAACAAAGCUCAAGCAGAAAUCAAACUUCAGGACUGGGACAGUGCUUUGCAGGAUUGUGAGAAGGUACUAGAUAUGGAACCUGGCAACAUAAAAGCUCUGAUGCGCCGUGCCACUGUACACAAUCAGCUGCAGAAUUACCAAGCAGCUAUAGAGGAUCUGAACAAAGUACUAUGUGUUGAACCAGAAAAUGCUAUAGCUAAGGUAAACAGAAAUGAGUUGAAUAUGACUAGAAAAAGGUUGUAUGCAGUUGUAGCAUUGAAGAUUGAAAAGAAACUGAAAGGUUUAAUGCCUGUAUCUGAGACUCAAGGCAAAGGAAAAAGAAUACUUAUUCAAGAUAUAGAGGAUUCAGAAGGUGAUGAAGAAAGAGGGGAAAAUACAGAAGAACGUGAAAGAAGCAGUGGAGAUAAAAAAAUUGGCGUGCCAGUAAGAGGAGCGGCGGCGGCUGAGGAGGCUGCGAUGGGGAACGCGCAGAGAAAGUUUCACAGCAAAGGAGGCGGCAGUAAGGCUGAAGACCGAGAGACGCAGAAGCAGAAGGAAUCCACUGAGAGCGGAUUAAAAAAAGGCACAUCACAGAAAAAAACGCAAAAGCAUUUGUCGGACCAUGAAGGUGAAGUUAAUGGCUAUUUACAGGGUGAUCUAAAGGGUGAAAGCCCCGAAGCUGAGAUCUGCAGAUCGCACGGAGCAGGAGCUGGGUCGGCUGGUGGUGGCAGUUCUGCUUCACUUCCUCCUACUGCGGCAAAACUAAAAUGUGAAGGAAACGAGUUAUUUAAGAGUGGACAGUUUGGAGAAGCUGUGCUCAAAUACUCGGAGGCAAUUGAGUAUGUCAUGGGUCUAGGAGAACAGAGUCCAGAUGAUUUAAGUGUCUUGUACUCAAACAGAGCAGCGUGUUACCUCAAAGAAGGCAACUGCAGUGACUGCAUUCAGGAUUGUAACAGAGCUCUGGAGCUUCAACCGUUUUCCCUUAAGCCUCUUCUACGACGAGCAAUGGCAAAUGAGUCUAUGGAGCGGUAUCGACAGGCAUACAUUGAUUAUAAAACAGUCCUACAAAUAGACAGCAGCAUCCAAGCAGCAAAUGAUAGCGCUAAUAGAAUAACAAAGACUUUAAUAGAUCAGGAUGGUCCCAGUUGGAGGGAGAAACUGCCACCGAUUCCAGUUGUCCCAGUUGCUGCUCAGCUACACAGGUGGGAUGGAGGAAACUUUACUUCAGACAGUAAGCCAAGAUGUACUACAGAUAUCAACAGAGAAGAACAGUUGCAGAUGAAUCGUGAGAAAGCUGAGGAGAAGUUCAAGACAUUAAAAAAUGAAGGGAAUGAAUUUGUAAAAAAGGGUAAAUAUGAAGAAGCGGUAAAUAAAUACAGUGAAUGCAUGAAGUUAAAUACCGAGGAAUGUACGAUCUACACUAACAGAGCUCUCUGUUACUUGAAACUGUAUAAAUAUGAAGAGGCUAAGCAAGAUUGUGAUCAUGUUCUUCAGAUAGAAGAUUCUAAUAUUAAAGCUUUUUAUAGAAGAGCACUAGCGUACAAAGGAUUACAGAAUUAUCAAGCCAGUGUUGAUGAUUUCAACAGAGUACUUCUAAUAGAUCCAAAUGUUCUUGAAGCAAAAAAGGAACUAGAGGAGGUAACCCAACUGCUUAACCUUCACAGCAGUGCUGUAGCUGGCAGUCAACAAAAGCAAAGGAAGAAAAUAACCAUACAAGAGGUGACUGAAUCUGAUGAACAGGAAGAAAGGCAGUUUGUCACAUCAGAAGAUGUUGUGACUGAUCAUGUUACUUCGAAGGAAGCAGUUCAAAACAGUGUGCCAUUGAAGACCUCUGAGAAACUGCGUAUUUCUGAACCAUCUAAUGCUUAUGACUUUGGUCAGAUUAUAAACGCAGUGAAUACCAGUAAGGAUAAAGCUGCUUGUGCAGAUCUUUUAACAAUUACUGAUCCAAAAAAAUUGCCAGUGCUGCUAAGUAACAAACUUGAAGGAGAAAUCUUUUUGAUUUUUGUCCAGUCAUUGGAAUAUUAUGUAGUUGGAAAAGAUCCUGGCCUUGUAUAUCAGCACCUUUUCUACUUGAGCAAAGCAGAAAGAUUUAAGGUGGUGCUGGCCCUUCUUAGCAAAAAUGAAAAAGAACAAGUUCAGCAGCUGUUUGACUUACUUUCAGAAACCCAGAAUAAUCAGUACUCUUUGGAAGAUCUUGAGAGCCUUAAAAAGGUUUAUGAACUUUAA